AUGGCUCCUGCUGCAUUGGCUCUGUCAAUGGGUCACGACCCUAUACCCCUUCGCGAAACAGUCAAACUUCCAGCCAUUAGAUAUCCAGAACCACAUACUGCUCCAUUGGGAGCUUUCCCCACACCCGCUGCAUCUAUCCCAGCCGGUAAAGCUGGCGCCUACGGCUCAACAUCCACUCCCCGCCCCCCACAACUAUAUUUUGCCCUCCAGUCUAAAUGUCCUCCUCCGUCGGUAGAGCAAGUCGAAAACAAACUUCGCGCCCACGUCUUUGCCCAGCGUAUCCGUGUGGCGGACCUGUUUAUUGAUUUCGACCGCCUUCGAUCAGGGUACAUGACAGCGACCCAGUUUAGGAGAUGUCUAGGGGCAAUGCUACAUAAGGGUGUGGUGUGCCCGCUCACGGAGCAAGAAUUUGAGGUUUUGAUGGGCGCAUAUGAUGUUAAAGCCAAUCGAAUGAUCAAGUGGACGGCGUUUGUGGACAGCAUUGAUAAGGUAUUUGGCGCAAAGAAACUCGAACAGACCCCGACUCAGCAGAUUCCACAUCCGAAAGAGGUGGUAAAGCCGUUCCGAGCCUUGUCCCCAACAUCUGAAGCUCUCCUUCAGGGGAUUAUUACCAAGCUUCGAUCAUUUGUCAAAUGGCAUGGCUCGGAUGUCAAAACCUGGUUCAAGCACUUUGAUAAGCACAAUAAUGGAUAUGUUACCAUCAACCAAUUUCGCAGAGGCUUGCCGCAAAACCUCUUGAGUCUAGAAGAAGAAGAUAUGUUAAUCGAACAGUACAGCACAGAAGAUACAGUAAAUUAUUUCAAACUCAACACAGAUGUGAAUCGAAAGAUUCGAAGACCACGCGCUGACGACACGGGUCUUAUUGAAAAACAUCCGAAAGAUGCUUACCACGCUCAAUACGUCCCAGUCGGUACAGAGGAACUCAUCUACCCUUCCAAGCAGACAUAUGGUGCGCAAUCGCCAUCAUGGAUCGAAGUUGAGGAUAAAAUAAAGAAGCGCGUUUACAAAGAUCGGAUCCGCUUGAUCGAAUUCUUCAGAGACUAUGACCGACAUAAUAAUGGACUUGUUUCCGAGGCCCAGUUCCGUGCCGGACUCUGUCUCGCAUCGUUGCGUCUUAAAGAAGAGGAAAUGAAGGCCUUACUUGCUGUAUAUGAAGACUCUGAGAAGCAAGUCUUGUAUAGGAGUUUUUGCGAGUCGAUAGAUACAGUAUUUACGAUCAACCAUCUCGAGAAGCAACCUCUUGUAGAAGUGGGGCCCAUUGCUCGAGAGGAUUUGGUGCAGGGUCCCAACCAACUCCCACCCGAAGAAGAAUCCCGCUGUGCUCAACUUCUCGACCGUCUCCAUUUUCUAAUCAGGGAACGACACCUCCUCCUGGAGCCACUAUUUAAGGAUUUUGACAUGUACCUCGGCAAGAAUACCAUCGGCAGAGUUACACGAUCGCAUUUUACUCGCCUUCUCUCGACGAUGCGACUCGAUUUGUCUGAUCGGGAUUUACAUAUCCUGUUUAAGAAGUUUGAGGAUCGGGAAUGCGGCCAGAUUAAUUAUAUGGAGUUUGUUCGCGCUGUUGACCCUGAGACCUAUGGAGCAUAUGUUGACGACCUUCGGAAGGCGGCGUCAUCCUCUGGAGCCCUCGCUAACACAACAAACACCUCCCCACCUCCCCAGCAACUACCUUCUCUAGAAAUCCUUUUAAACACCAUCCGCACUCACGUCCUUCAAAAGCGUGUCAGGGUCUCUGAAUUCUUUCGCGAUGUCGACAAACUCCGUUCAUAUUCUAUCCCGCGCAAGGAAUUUGUUCGGGGUAUCAACCGCAUUGGUGUCCCACUUUCUGAUAACGAGUAUACCAUUUUGGUUGAUGCAUAUGCGGAUAGUAAACGGAAGGGCUGUUGCCGAUGGAAGGUGUUUGAGGAAGAUGUGGAACGAGUAUUUGGCGAGAGCCACUUAGAGUCCCGACCCUCGGUUGCGCCGCAACCAGCUCCCAUUCAGCCCGACCCAUUCUUGACGCACAAAUCACUUACAGAGCAGGAACACCAAGUCCUGCAGGAUACACUUCAAACCCUGCGUGACUUCCUGAAGGUGAGGCAGACGAGCAUUAAACCUUUUUUCAAAGAUUUUGACAAGCUUCGAACAGGCUAUGUGACCAAAUCUCAAUUCCGUCAAUGUCUCUCUCACAUCCGUUGCCCGCUCACCAACGAAGAAUUCGCCAUUCUUUCCAAGAGCUACCUCAAAGCCACUGGUCCCUUGACGGGCGCUGCAUCAGGCGUCGAUGCAAGUUCCAUCAUCGACAACCGGAAACUCGUCGAUGCCGCUUCCAGAGGGGCGUCGACAAAAGAUUAUAUCAAAGAUGCUGCGAUGAAUUGGGAUUACAUCCAGGAUAAUACUCAGCGGAUCUGCUACGUAACGUUUCUAAGGGAGCUGGAGGAGGGUGUACCUUUUGAGCUGCGGGAGCAGACGUCGCCUGUUCGCCCGACGAUAAGCUCAACCACACUUACGACACCAGGCAAGAUAGACAAGGCGAUCAAAGAAGGGUCAACAACAACGCAUGAGGGGGAUUUUGCUACGAGCCGCAUCCCGCUGUCCGAUCAAGAAAUUCAUGACUUGCUGAUGAGGAUCAAGACCAAGGCAAAAACAGAGCGCAUCCGUGUAGCAGACUUUGUGAGCGAUUUUGAUCUUCUUCACCACGGCCGAGUGACCAAGUCAGAAUUCAAACGAGCGCUCAAAGUCCUCUUUGCUGAUUUGACCGAGCCCGAGCUCACAACGCUCGCAACACUCUACCAAACUCCCAACUCCCCUCAAGAAGUCACAUACACAAACUUUACAUCCGAGAUCGAAUCUGUGUUCACUAAACAAGGAUUGGAAAGCAACCCGACGGCCGAGCCUGACCCAUUCCCUCCUGAAAGAUGCGAACCGCGUCCGGCAUGUGCUGAGAGCGGAACAAACAAGCAUGUUGCGGUGAUGAGAAAGGGUGACCAGAGCGACAAGGAGUUGGCGUUGACGGUGGAUGAAGAAUGGACGUUAAAAGGAGUUUUGGAGCAAGUAAAGACAAGAAUUGGGCAGAGAUGGGGGGAUAUCCAACAGCAGCUGGAGGACAACGAUAUUGCGCGAGAUGGCACAGUAUCCCCGGCAGUUCUCCAGAAUCUUGUCAGCCCACAUGUCCAACUGACAACGAAAGAGCUUUACCUUAUCGCCAAACGCUUUGCGAUGAAUGCCAAUUUGGAUAAGGUCGAUUAUCGGACUUUGGGAAAAGUUGUUUUCGCCAUUUAAAAAGUCAUAUGCUGUAAUGAGAAAAGUUGAAUAAAUAAAUAUGUGCAC